AUGGGGGACAAGGCCAAAAGGUGCGCCGCCCCCGCGGCUCCGGGGGUGCCCGCCUCCCCGCCCGCCGCCUGCCUCGGCUCCCCGCCGCGGGGCCCGUGCACCGGCCUGCGAGCCCUGCGAGCCGCCCCUCCGGCCGCCGGGGUCACCGCCGCGGUCACCGCCGGGGUCGCCCGGCCUCGCGCCUCCGCGGGGGGCCCAGCGCCCGGGCUGCGGCGGGUCCGGGGGGAGGGGCGGCGCGCCCGCGGAACAGCCGCGUCCGAUUGGCCGAGGCGGCCGCGGCCGCUGAUUGGCCGAGGCGGCGGGGGGCGGGGCGCCGGCCUCGGUCUUUUACGCGCCGGGCGCUUCCGCUUUCCCGCACAGUCGCCGAGGGACCCGGGCGCUGUGACCCCCCGGGCCGAGCCCUCGGACCCGGACGCCGCCGAGGCCGGGCCAGCGCCGCGCGCGGAAAGUUUCCCUUUUCCCUGUGCCAGCUGGGACGCUCCCACCGUGUGCGUGCAGGCCCGGCCGCCCGCGCCUCGCCAGCAGCCAACAGCUGCCGCUUGGGUUGGAUCCUCAGGCCCUCGCGGGCCCCCCGGGAGCAGGUCAGUAGUUGCUCCCGAGGAAUGA